AUGGUUAGAGGUGGAGCUGGUGGUUGUGGUCGCGGUAGGGGGCAUGGUGUUGCCUCGGGUAGCGACACAAGUGUGGACUGGAGUGCUACGGCCGAGCUUGUCAGCGAAUUCCAGUCACAUCAGGAGAGAUCCUUGGGUGGUGCUAGUGUGAGUGCUGUGGGAGCCAGUUCGUCCGGCAACGGUACUAGUGUGGCUGAAAACCCGGUUGGGGGUGUUUCAGCAGGUAGAGCCCAGGGUCAGAAUGAUCGGCUUACGGAUUUGCUGACGCAGCUUUUGGAGCGGUUACUGGAAGCGGUACCGGUGCAGGCUCUAGUUGGACCGCCAAGAGUGGCGGGAGUGCAGCCCGUUAGGUCUAGUGUGCAGCCCGUUAGGCCUGGUGUGCAGCCUGUUGAGCCCAGAGUGCAGCCCGAUGUCGGGGUUGUGCAGCCCGAGGGGGUAGGUGCGGUGGUCGAGCAGCCGUACUAUCUACGGAUGUUAGAGCAGCUGCAGCGGUUUGGGAUGUCCUUGUUUUUUGGAGGUUUCGAUCCGGCUGUAGCAGAUGAGUGGCAGAUGCGAUUGAAGCGGUACUUCCUUUUGAUGAGGUACCCGAAUGCGUACCAGGUGGACCUAGCAGUUCACUACUUGGUUGGUGAUGCACAUUUAUGGUGGGGGACUUCUUGGCAGAGUUUAAUGCCAAAUCCUGAGCAGAUGCAAGUGCGUCGGUUCAUGAAGGGUCUCAGCCACGACAUGAGGGUGCGGUGCAAGAUGAGAGCCUAUGCAUCGUGUGUGGAGUUGGUUGAGGUGGCGGCAAGGAUUGAGGAAGAGUUAAGGAGUUACGGUAUGGGACAGAGGAGGAAGUGGGAUGACACUUCUAGAGCGAGUCAGGGGGAUCGGAAGUGCUUCAGGUGUGGGAACACUGAUCACGCGGUUAGAAAUGGGGCACAUCAAAACGAGGUGUCCUUAGAUGCAACAGAUGGCGGUAGCAGCGGUGCAGUCGGUGAUGCAGCCAGUGGUGCAGCAGUGGGUGCAGCCAGGAUUGAAGUCGUGAGGGCAGCCUGUGGCUCAGUUGGGAGCACCUCCGGUGGCGCAGAUCGAGGGAUCGCGGGGUUACUCGACCGUGGAGACAGGAGAGCCAACUUUAUUACUCUGGAGUGCACGGCGGGUGGUAACAUCCGAGGAGAUGAUGGUUAUUUCGGAGCCGUUAGAAUUGCGUUGCUAGCGGUUCAGGGACGGACUAGUGGUGUGGAUGUGCUGAUUGCGGGAGAGUCAAUGCCGGCAGAUUUGUACAUUAGUCCGAUGGAGCUGUAUGAUGUUAUUCUGGGCAUGGAUUGGUUGGAUCGGCACAGAGUUCAUCUGGAUUGUCAUCGGGGGAGAGUCUACUUUGAGCGGCCCGGACCUAAGUUGUACUGUCAAGGUGUGAGACCGAUUUCAGGGAGUUUGUCGUUGAAGCGGUUACCAUCAUCUUGGUCGGAUCCCUUCACGAUUGAGUUAGAGCCCGGGACGACGCUUCUGUCUAAGGCCCCGUACCGGAUUGCUCUAGCGGAGAUGGCUGAACUGAAGAAGCAGUUGGAGGAUCUGCUGGGUAAGGGUUUCAUCUGUCCUAGUGUUUCACCGUGGGGAGCACUGGUGUUGUUUGUUAAGAAGAAGGAUAGGAGUUUUCGGCUGUGUAUUAAUUAUCGGGGACUUAAUCGAGUCACGAUGAAGAAUAAGUAUCCUCUACCGCAGAUUGACGAGAUGUUGGAUCAGUUGAGGGGAGCUACGUGGUUCUCUAAGAUUUAUUUGGCGUCAGUAUACCAUCAGAUUCCUAUCGACGAGGCGGAUAUCUGUAAGAAGGCGUUCAUGACGAGGUAUGGACAUUUCGAGUUCGUGGUGAUGCCUUUCAGGUUGACGAAUGCACCAGCAGCAUUUAUGAGGUUGAUGAACAGUGUGUUCCAGGCGUUUCUGGAUGAGUUUGUUAUCAUCUUCAUCGACGAUAUUUUGGUGUAUUCUAAAAGUUCUGAGGACCACAAGGGACACUUGCGGGUAGUGAUGGAGAAGUUGCGGGAGCAGAAGCUGUAUGAUAAAAUCAGCAAGUGCAGUUUUUGGCAGAGAAAGAUGGGUUUUUUGGGCCAUAUUGUGUCUGCAGAGGGAGUUUCUGUGGAUCUUGAGAAGAUCGAAGCCAUCAGAGAUUGGCCUAGACCGCAUAAUGCCAUAGAGAUUCAGAGUUUUCUAGGAUUGGCGGGCUACUAUAGACGGUUGUGA